UGAUCAGUCUUCCACAAAUCCGCCAUAUUGAAUAAGCUUACGGCAGAUGUUUAGAUAGAAGUUGAACGUCUGUGGUCGUUUUUUCCAGACCAGAAUCGUCAUGGGAAGGUCAAGAAGUCGCAGCAGAUCCUCGAGCAGACAUAGACAUGCAAGAACAAAAAAGAAAAGAAGGAAUACCUCGCGAUCACAGUCUAGAGAAAGAAGCAGUCGCCAUGGCAGCAGUCGAUAUAGAUCGAGGUCGCGAGAUAGAGACCGAGAACGGGAGAGGAAAAGAAGGUGUGAAAAAAAGAGAUCUGUAUCAUCAAGUAGUUCAAGUAGCGAUGAUGAUCUCAUUUUACGAGCAAAACGACGUGAAGAAGAGGAAAAGAAAGCCGAAAUAGAAAAACAAAGAAUAUUACGACAGAAGGAAUUGGAAGAGAAGUUGAUUGAGGAGGAGGUCGCCAGACGGGUUGAAGAAUUGGUGGCUAAACGUGUUGAAGAAGAAUUAGAAAGACGGAAAGACGAGAUCGAGGCUGAGGUUUUACGUCGAGUGGAAGAAGCCAAGCAGAUCAUGGAAAAACAAAUGUUGGUAGAACUGGAAAAACAGCGUGAGGCAGAGGUCGAGGCUCAAAAACUAAAAGAGGAAGAAGAACGUCAGAAGAGAUUAGAAUUGGAAAAAAUUAUGGAGGAAAAUAAUCGUAAAAUGGAAGAAGCACAGAAAAAAUUAGCUGAAGAACAGUUAAAAUUAGUUGAAGAACAACGAAAAAUGUUAGAAGCAAAACAACAAUUUGAGGAGGAGGAUAAAAGACGUGUGAAACGUGAACAGGACAUGGUUUUAAAUAAAAAGAACAAUCGACCGAAACUAUCGUUUUCGUUUAAAUGAUGACCGGUGAAACUAACUGCACACGCAAAAGUCUUUUAAAACAAAACUUUCUCCACGAAAAAAUAACUUAUCAAAUACAAGCACAAUGGUUGAGUGAUUUAAUCGAGCAGUCCAACAAAACGUGUAUUCUACUGUUUCUAACAGAGAGUAAAAACAAAUAUAAUUUGUUUAUAGUGAAUCAUAGUGUGAUGAUCUAAAGUGAGUAGCGCGGCAUCCAUAAAGAAUUUGAGAUCUUUGUUUAAGAAGGUUUCUGUGUAUUAAUGGAAGAUUUCUUACCAUGCAAUGACUUCUAUUCAGGGACAAACAACAAUUCGCCUAUCACUAAAAUAUUUAGUAAUCAUGAAAGUUUGAGUCAUGACAGUUAGUGGUUGGGGAGGUCGAGGACAUUGUGGUAUUCGUCUGUCAAUACAAUGUUUUAUUAAACAAAAUAAUAUGAAUCUAUGACAGGUGGGGUUGGGGGAGGGAGAGUGUUCGAGGACAUUGUGGAAGGGGGUAAAGGGAUGGCUGUGUGUGUUGUGCUCUUUUUCUCAUCUAUAAUUAUUUCAAGUCAUUUUUUACACUAGAUAUUCUAUUAUUUAAAUUUAUAAGAAAAAAAAUGUAUAUUUCUUAGUCCUUCGUAUUUGCUUUCAAAAUCAUUUUUCAUCAGCAUGGCCUGGUUCCUUUUUUGUCAAUUUAUUUAGGUAAGUAUUUUUUAUAAAACCUUGAAAAGGGGUAACUUUAUUAAAGAUGCAGUAUGUAAGAUCUGCCAAUUGCAGUUCUUUAUUUUGGCCUUGAAUGUUUUAUUAUUAAUUAGACAUUUAUUAACAUGACAAGCCUAUAAUCAACUCUCUAGAUCAUUGGAGGGUCACAAUUUUCACUGGAUUGAAACAUGAUCGCUAUUUAAUGAUUUAUUUUAAAAAGUAAUCAUAACAAUCAAGACUUUUAUAUAUGUUCUCAAAAUAAGAUAAUUUGGCUAAAAUUUUCAAUAUAUUCAUUUUUCAUAACUGUUAUAGCAAGAAUGAUCAGUGCUUUAUCUAAAUCUUACAUAAUGUAUCUUUAACCAGUGUUUGGCAAACUAAAACAAGAACCAUUAACUCUUAUCUAAAUCUUACAUAAUGCAUCCUUAAUUGAAAUCGUCGUCCCAAAAAUGAAUUACGGUAAUUUAUUUAUUCUGACUUGAUGUUGAUGAAAUUAAUUUUCUGGAUCCUGUACUAGUUUGUGUCUGUGUGUAUAUCGGAGAGUGAAUGCAUGAGGUGGGGAUUUACAACAACUAUUCUUUUUUUUUCAAUAAAACUAGAAAAUUG